CUUUUUUUUGUUUUCUUUUCAAAAAAAAAAAGAAAAAAAGAACCAAGAAAAGACAUUCACACAAAUUAUAAAAAUAAUUCAUUGAAUAUUUGAUUAAAACAAUAUAGUUCUAUUGCAUUAUUAUUAUUACAUAUAUACAUAUGUCACAUCGACGUGAAGCUGGUGCUAUUCCACCAUGGGUUAUUCCAGAAGAACAUAAACGUGAUUCAAUAAAAAGUGGAAUAGAUCCAAAUGUAAAAUUAAAUAUUGAGAGUGAAGGAAAAGAAAACAAUAAUAAUAAUAAUAAUAAUAUAACUCAGAAACAUGAUAAAGCAAAUGUAACUCCUGGUGGAUCAAUAAUAAAACCUAAAAAGGAACAACUUUAUAUCACCGGUGGACAGUUAGUAAAUAGUAAUCAUAUACAAUUUGCAAAUCUAUUGAUUGAAGAUGGAAAAGUUGUGUCAACUGGUACAAACAUUGAAGUUCAGCCGGAUACGCCCACACUAGAUGCUACCGGAAUGUUAAUUAUGCCAGCUGGAAUUGAUAUGUCUACUUACUUAAUAAAAGAUAUUCAUUCGAUUGAUACAGAAGCUUAUAUAAAUUUUACAAAAGAGGCUUUACUUGGUGGAACUACGACAAUCGUUGAUACUAUCAUAUGUCCAAAAGAUUCAUCAGCUGUUGAUCUUUUAAUAAAAUAUAAAAAUGCUUUUAAAGAUACAAAAUUUUGGUGUGAUAUUAUCAUUCGUAUUGGUUUUAUGGAAAUUCAAGAGAAUCAUUUAAAUGAAAUAGAACAAUUAACUAAACAACAUGGAAUUAAUUCGUUUCUAUUUAUUAUUGACCCAAUGGAAAUGGAUAAAACUUCUAAAGAUUCAUUAUAUAUUACAAAUUUAUUAAAAGCUUUGGAUAAAUGUAAACAAACUGGUUCAAUUGCUGUUAUCAAAUUUGAUCAUUUGAAUAAACAAAAUGAUUUAGUAUUAAGAUCAAUUGAAAGAUGUAUUUUUCUUAUUACUACAACAAAUUGUCCAGUUAUUUUCUCAUCUAUUAAUGAAAUGAAUAUCAUUGAAAGUAUUUCUAAAUUAAAGAGACAAAUUCCACCUAUUCAUAUUACUGUAUGUUGUACAUCCAAUUCAUUAUUACCAGAGAUAAUACAUAAUCAACAAUUUGGAAAUGGAUUGUUACCUUUACUAACCAAUGGUGAUAUCAAAUUAAUUUCAAGUGAUCAUUCUAACAUUGAUACAAAUGAAAAGUUGAAUAGUUUACAAACAAUUAGACAAAGAUUAAUAACAACAUGGAAAGCUGGUGUGCCAUCAGGAUGGUUAGAUGCCUCUACAUUUAUUAAUCUUACAUCAUCUAAUGCUGCACAUUAUUUAGGUUUAUAUCCAUAUAAAGGAUGUUUAUAUCCUGGUUCAGAUGCUGAUUUCAUUUGUUGGUCAUAUAAUAAUAUAACUCAUUGUACCAUUCAAUAUCCAUCUAUAGUUAUUCAUCAUGGGAAAUUAUUAGUAUACAAUGGUAAUCUUAUAAAAGAUAUAAGUAGUAUUAAUAAUAAUAAUAAUAAUAAUAAUGAUUUAAAAAUGAUACCAUGUAAUCAUCUGAAUGAAAUUCAAUCCAAUCAACCACUUGGAAUAUUAAAAACAGGAAAAUUAUUCCCUUCUACUAUUUAUGAUUUAGUUCAUGCAUUUGAAAGAUUACGUAAAACAAAUCAAAUCCCUGUUAUUCGUGAACCUUGGACAAUGAAUGAUUUAAGUGGAGAAUUAACAACAAUUUCAAAAAUAACAAACAAUCAUGAUAAUAAUAGUAGUAAUAAUAAUAAUGAACAAAUGAAAGAUGCAAAUCUUCAACAUUUAAUGACAAUGCCAAUUAACAUACGUACAAUACGUGGUAAUCGAGAUUUACAUGCUUCAGGAUUUUCAUUAAGUGGAGCUCAAGUUGACGAUGAUCAACCAAUAAGAUCAACAAUUCGUACACAACAACAAAGUGAAACAAGAAAUCCGUUGUGGUAAACAGGCCACACACACACACACAUAAACACUUACAUACGUACAUAUAACAUUUAUUCACCUUUUUUUCUCACAAUUGGUCACUAUUCAUCAUUCAUCCAUUCUAAUUACGCACCUCCACCACCAUCAUCAUCAUCAUGAUCGUCAUUAUAAACACAUUUUAAUCAAAAUAUUAACUCUCUUCAUUAUAUACACAUAUAAAUUUAAUAUGCAGUUUUGAUAAAGUACAUUACAUACAUACAAAAAAAGUACUACAGUACUACUAUUACUACUACUACUACUA